GCGGUGCAGAGCACACGUCAUCGGCGAAUGAAAAUUUUCAAACGGAUCGAAUUUUGAUCGGGGUAUGUCGAUUUGACACCCGUUCCGCGAGUAUAUUCAACAAUAAUAAUUCUUGAGCGUUUUGUAAUUUUUUUCGCGUAUUUUUUUGACGUGAAAAUUUGAUUUUUUUUUCGAGGUUUUGUGGCACGAGGUGGCGCUAGUGGCAGCCAACAGGAUGUGGCUGAUCUGGCGCGUGUGGAGCCUGGUGGUGUGCAUAUGCGCAUGCGUGGCACAGCGCAUAGACCAGGAGGCGGUGCUUACCCGGCCCGCCAGGGUGCGCGACCGGGACAACAAGCCUGAUGAGCCGACGUGCGACCAGCUCAAAGCUAUGUGGAGGUUCUCAAAACGGCAAGCGCGAGCUCCCGAGAUAAUGAACGAAGUGAACUCCUACCGCGACCCGCUGAUGUACAACGAGUGGCCCGUCUACACCGCCAUGCCGCGCGCCGCACCCAGAUUCCGGUACCAGUACCCGUCCGUGCCACGCGAGGCGUACGGCCGCGUCAUCACCAAGGCACCCCCUAACGUUGUCCGCACACCCGAUUAUGGAGAGAUGUUCGGCAUGCUCAACGUGCCCCACACAUCAGGCAAGAUACUGCGCUACUCCGGACCCUCCCGACCUCGCGGCCAGCCCACCUUCAUGGUGCCUCCUCAGAGGGACAGAUUCGAGGCACUGAAGAAACUCAUCCGCCAGGAGCAUGUGCGUGAGCUGCAGCGGAAAUUCGAGACGGAGCAGAAGCAGGAGCUGAAGGAGAUCGCGGCUGGACGAGGUAACGAGGACUACGUAUACGGAACAUACGGGGAGCAAGAGCCGAGUGAGCUGCAGCAGCUGGAGUAUGCAGCCGACGAGCCCGCUGCCAGGCACGGGAAGAAACCACAAGCGGGCAGUCGUCAAGUGUCACAGUUCUCACGCUACUCUGACGUCAUGCUACCACCGGUGCGCCGCACGUUCUACCACCCCUACUUCGACUACAUCCCCGAAUACGGCCCCUACUACUGAGCCACUCGCAUCCAGAACGUCUCAGAACAUACCAGAACGAUCCAGAACAUUCCAUACGGGACACUCCUUUACGUACAAAACCUUCUCUGGCUUUAAUAACUCCAAUUCAUUGUUAUAAUUAAUUAAUUGUACUUAAGGAGCUUGUGGUACUUUUGACGUAGGUAUUAAUACACUUACUUAAACGUAAAAAGUUUUUAAAGAAGACGAUUACAUUACAUAAUAUGUUUUCGUUGUCCUAUCUGUGGAACCAUAAUUAAAUUGAACACGCUAUGAAUUUCAAUACACUCUUGUGCCAUUGAUAUUACAAGCACUGAUGUAGGUACAAUAAUAAACAAUUCAAUCAAAAAUAUGCUGUUUAUAACGUCGCUAAAAGUUAAAACUGUAUUGAAUCAGUCAAUAGAAGGUCGCUAAAAGAAAAAAAAAAGAUUCCGACGAAUUGAUAACCUCCUCCUUUUUUUUAAGUCGGUUAAAAAUUGUCUAAUGUUUUCAAUCGGAGUAAAUGCUUUCUUUUAGUUUGCUAAUAAAACAUACAUGGUUUAAGACAAAGGAAUACAUGUAAACAAAAGGAAAUACAAAAAAAAACACAAGACGAAAAUCAGAAAAUCGGAGAAAUCUAAAUGUUGUCUAAAAUCUGUUGCAUCAACAUUUAAAGUGGCAGCUGCUAUAUUUUUUUUUAAUUUGUAUGAUAAUCCUAAAAUAUGUCAAACAAUGAAGUGUAUCAAACUUACCACAAGCUCCUAAACUAUUGAGUUAAAAAAAUCACUAUCAGUAUUAAAAAUGGCCAUAUCGGAAACCAUAUCCCUCUAUUCGCUUUUUUUGAAGAAAACCGAGCUUGCAGCCGCUUAUUACAGUAUUUUUAUAUUUAUAAAACGCAUUUUGUCUGUAGAUACGCGAUUUUGAAUCCCAAUUUUAAGAUUGUAUUUUUAUAGAAUUAAGAUUUUCCCUCGUGCCAGUUUUAGGCUGGCUUAGAAAUGUGUAACCUUUUCAGGUUUGAGUCGACAAUAAUGUUUACUUUUAAUUCUAUUGAAUAAAAUUUAUUAUAAUAUAAAAUUAUUAAGAUCAAUUAUUAAUCAAUUUUUAAUUGAACAAACUGGGAACUGUCAAUUUCCGAGACUACAAGAUGACAAUAAAUGGAUAAUAAAAAAAAUAACGUUUUACCCAAAAAAAAAUUGUAGAUGAUUAUAUUAUUGUAUUUAAAAAUUCAAUUCAAUAUUUAUUAGUAUUGUAAGUAUAUUUAAAAAAAAAGUGUGUGUCAAAUCCGACGCACGAAUGGAGUUUACUCUCUCAGAUCGACUGUCUAAAUAGAUGUAUGUUGCCUUGUAGCAUACACUAUGUACGUCUCAAUACAUACGCCUGAAAAGUGAAAGGUGCGCAACUGAGGAGCAGCAGGCCGCGGCAUGCGCGCCCGCCAACAGUGUGCACAUGCUGUUGGCGUGUGCACACUGUUGGCGGUGCACACAUGUGAAAGGUGCGCAGAAUAGGUUGCGCACAAAAAACGUAACGCUGUCAUUCGUUCAUCGAAUUUUACUGCCCAUAUUUUUUCAUACCGGGAGCUGUAUAUGAAAAAUCGAUUCUUAAGGAGUAAACUCCAAAAAUAACGGCGUAUAUAUAUUGAAAAUUGUGCAAGUACAAGUAAUUCAAGUAUUGAAAACAUUUUUUUGGAUUCGCCAGUCUAUUAUGUAUAAUAUUUUGUAGAUAUUUAUGUUGUUCUUUUUUAAUUUUCACGGGACUCUGUGAGAGCCCGACGGACGGCUCGUGGAAGAAAAAUUUAUUUAUAAUAUUAAGCAUUUUAGUUAAAGAUAACAAGGGAAUUAACUUUUUGUUAAUGUUUUAUAAUUCUUUCUAUAACUUAUUGUGUAUAUGUAAUGGCUAUACGUUAUUGUAUAGAUAAAAAAGCUUUGUAUAUUAAUUUUGUCAAUUAAGUUAUUAUAUUAUAAUUUAUAAGUGAAUUAAUUUUAAGUCUAUUUUGUACAGCGUAUUUGGUUACUGAUUUUAUAUAGAUAUUGUUGUACUUAAUUAGUAAAUGUAGCAAAACAAUAAUUGAAUUAAUUUAAAUAUCUAACCACAUGAUGACAUUAAAUUACAUUUGAUGUAUUUUUGAAUGAGUAAUUAUAUACAUUUUUUAAUAAUAUUCAGUUGAUUAAUUAAAAAUAAACCUAUAUUUACAUUAUUAAAAGUACUUAAAUUCAGUAUUUUUACAAUAUACGAUAAUAAAAAUUGACAAUAAUACAAGAUGUAGUCUGACAAUAAAUAAUAUAAAGAUCUCUUUUAAAAAAUCUUAGUAAAGGUAGUGGUUUAAGUAAUUUUAUUACUUAAAUAAAUAUUUUUUUUUAUUUUACACAAUAAGUUCAAUACUAUAGGAACUUUCUGCAAAUAUCUAACAUGUAUUUAUUAACGACUCAUAAUUCUCGGAGUUAUCGACUAAAGACUUACGGCCUUUCCUUUAAAUAGCUCAAUUUAAGUGUUGCCCAUAUAGUUUUCGUGUUACCCCAAUGCAAUAUCCUACCUAGAAAUCGCAUUAAGAUUAUGUAAUAUAAUUAAGACAUGGUUAUUCUCAAAAUUGAUAAUUGUUGCUAUAUUAUAUGCUGAAUUAUAUAAUAUACAAUUAAAACGAUCACGUAGUUUGAAUGUCUACACAUAUGUAUAACUGUCGUUGUGAUUAGGAACUAAGAUUAUCCUGUAAUAUAUUCCAACAGCCUAAAGGACGGCUAAGUCGGUAUCGGUGGGCGGUUACUGUGGAAGAGUAGACUUUAUUGCGUGUGUAAAAGGGCUAAAUUCGCUCAGCCGAGCCGGCAGAUAAAUGCUUUAACUACAUUUAAAUGUUUCAAGUUAGUUACCUAUUUGUAUAUUACUCGUAGAAAGCGCGUCGCGCCUUGUCAACCUAUCUACUCUUGUAUGAAUUUUAGAUGUAUAUGAUACGGAUGGAAAUACUUUUUGGAGUGGUUUACUGAAUUGUAAAGUGUUGCUGAAGUUUUCUAACAUUUCCCUGCGGGUAAGUUAAACGCGUAUGCUUUUUUUAAUAAAAAUUAUACCUACAAACUCAACAUCAUGACUUGCUUUGAGUUAACCAAAUUGUUGAAAUUUUACAAAUCUAUUCUAUUUCGGAAUUUUAGAAGAUCACAAAAUUUAAAAUCACAAAUGAAAAUGUUUUCCGGCAUUAAAAAGUUCAACUGACAUUAGGCCAAAAUAUUACCAGUCGAGUAUGUUCGCAUAACUUCAGGGAAAAAUAAAAUUUUCGUCUUCGAGUCUUUUAACGAAAUACUAAUAAUAGUAUUUCAGUAGAUUAUAUAUUAAUAUGAUUGUGUACAAGUUUGACUGGUUUACAAAUUAUAACGACCUAAACUGCGGAUUGUAGUGUAAUGAAUUUUUUAACAAUAUUUCGAUUUUCGUAGUUCAAUAAUCCAAGUGAGAAGGGACUGUAGCUCAAUAACAACUAAUUGAUAGGAAGGAAUGGAAUAAUAUUCAUGUCUCAGUGACAAGGUUAUUUUAAAAACUAUAUAUUUUCUCAAUUUCUACCGCGACGCGCAAAUCCUACCAAAAAUCCUACCAUAACCCCUACCAAAAAUCCUACCAAUCCUAAAGCUAUGCACAGAUGUGAGCAGAUUAGCAGAAAUGACUACUCAACAACACUAAAUGGUAUGUAUAGAUGAGUUAGAAUGUAAGGAUGUUGUUAACUAUUAUGUGCUAGUUAUAUAUUAAUUGUCUAUAUCUAUUGACGUGUUCGUUUUUGGCGUGUUCACCCGUGAUCUUUCGUUCUCGUCUUGCGUCUACACAGCUGACAUAUAUACCAUUUUGAUCUUUACUAACAACCAAUUAAAAUACUAAACCCAUUAUAUAUUACAUAGAUAAAUAAUCUCAAUUUCGUAUAUGUUAACUAGCAUACAUCAAAGAUACGGUAUUAGCGUGCUGUCAUGCGUUCAAAAUCAAUACUCGGAUAUUUCACGCAGUUACGUGGUUUUUGGAAAACUUCGAUUAUUUGUAAAAACUUUACCAACGAUCCAGAAGUUUGUGUUACUUAAUGAACUUAACUAUUAAUUAAUGAACUUAUGUAAUAUUAAAUAAACUUAAACACUACCUUAAAACCUAAAACUUAACCAAACGGAGUGUUUGGAAAAAUUAUUUUACACGGUAAAUUGUGUUGGAACUUUUUUUUCUAUAGUGUAAGAACCAUUGUAACCCACAGUUUCAGCAAAUAAAUUAUUAUUAUUAUUACUAGCUGGUAAAUUAGUUUGACGUUUAUUCUUUUAGUGACACCAAUUAACAUCGUAACGUCACAAAAUGGACGACAGCGUUUUUGACGUUUGAAAAAAUUCAAUAAAUACAUUAUUUCUAAAUUAAGUUUUUUAUAAAACCCAAUGAAAUCCUUAUUCCAUGCAAGUACUACUCAAAAUUAUACAGUCUAAGUUAAAGGAUAUGGUCCAAUUCAGAUCCACUCUUGUACACCAUAUCAUUAAAAUUUAUAAAAUACAAAGUUUUUACUAAAAUCUAAACAAGUGAAUAAAUCUAACUAAAUAAAAAGAAAUAAAUAAAAUUAUAACCCAAGUUUUUGAAUUAUAACAAGAUGGCGCCCUUAAAGCAUCUAUGACAUGACAAUUGACAGCAAACGUCAAAACGACUACUGCAUUGAAAACGUCAUCAAUCCGCCAUUAUUAUACCCUUAUUAGUGUCGCAUUUCUUGGGAGAUAAUGAAUAUUAUUUCGAAAGAAUUAAAGUAAAUUCGUAGAUUUGUAUACUCAAAAAUAGUAAAUAAAAUAUUUUCAUUUAUUUCCGCUAGGGACAAUGACUGAUCCUGGGCUCCAUACAAUUUUGGACCAUCUCCUUUGAUAUGAUAUGAGUCAACUAUCCUAUUGAUCUUAUGUAUAUGUCAUACGAAGUCAUAAGUCACACAGCAUUAGAGACAAAAGCAUAACACACAUGCGACAAAAUAAAACGCAAGAUGAAAAUGAAUGGCGAAUCGUGGACACGACAAACUAAACGACUGAGUUCGUCGACAUAACCUCACAGACUAUAACAUUGGCUUUAACUUAUAUAACAUAUGUAUUUUACGGCUUUAAGCUAUAGUCAAAUUCCAUUAAACUUCUAUUUAUUGACGGACAAACAGUCCUAUCCUACGCAUUUAGCGAUAUAUAAAACGUAUAUACAUUUUAUUUAUAUUUAUAUAUAAUAUGAUUUUCUAUAUCAAUAUAUUCCAUAGCUUUUUGCUGGGCUUACGUAUUGUCAUAUUGAGGUGUCAUGGUAGAAAAUAUUUCCGGUAGCAUUAGCGGAGUUUACAGGUGUUAUUUUAUCUAAAGUAAAUUUUUAUUUUGGGUUUAAAGGGCUUAUAACUGAUAACGUUAUAAAUAUGUAAGCUUUUGGCUUACGAUCAAUAAUAUUGUACUUGAAAUUAUGGUUAAUCAUAAAAUAAUUUAAAUUUCUAUCAAAGUUUUAUUUAUAAAUUAAAGGAGGAUAUAAAUUUUGGAACCAAGAAGUGUUAGCUUUUAUCUGUUCUGUUCUUAAUGUGCAAUAACAAAACAAAUAUGAGUAAAUGAAAAAUUAAUAGACGUUGAUAUGCUACGACCAGUGUGGAACGUAACAAAGAUCGAGGCAUGCGGACGCCGAUCGUCAAUCCAACUUCGAGUGAAACAACGACAAAACCUUUGAAAAAAAAAGUAUUGGUAAAAUUAGGAAUAUAAAAGGAGGUGUGAAAGUAGCGUCAGUGACGAUAAAGUUAAGUGAAAGGCUAGCUUGGUAUAGGCAUGUGAUUCGAAGGGACGAAAAUCAUAUUGCAAACUUUACUUGUGUUUUUAUGCGAUGAGAAAACAAAUAUAAGUAAAUCAAAAUUAAAUAGACGUUGAAAAUUUUGAAAACCACUGUCGUGAUGUAUGGAUAUGAAAGUUGGCAGUAAAAUAAACGUAUUAUAAAAUAAUUCAUGCAAAUGAAAUGGGUAUGUUGGUGUGGAUAUGUGAUGUGAUAUGACUUUGAUAGGUAAAAUAAGGAAUGAAUAUAAGGGGAGGUCUGAAAAUAGCGCUAGUGACGAAAAAGUUGAGGAAUAAAAGGUUAACUUGGUUUGUGAUUUUAUGAUUCGAAGGGAUGAAACUCAUAUUGCCAGAAGAAUUAUGAAAUUGCAAGUGGAUGGACAUAUGAGAAGAGAAAGGCCAAAAAGAGAGAAAGAAAGGCAAUCAUCUCUUUGAGAGAGUGCGUGGAAAAGGAGUAGAUGUCAAAUGAUAGAACGAUGGGAAAAGUAAUAAUUAAUAAUAGAAUUGGAAAAAAGGAAAAGGAGAUGAUGAGUACAACGACAAGCCGACGACAUUAUAUUGUACCUAAGGGUACACAAGCUUAAAUAGCUAUAGCCCAAUAACGAAACUUAUCAUGACAUGAACAUUGGACACAUCACAGCUCAAUAUGACACGUCUGUACCCGGUGUAAUGAAUUAUUUUUACUGUCAUAAUAUUUGUCAUAUAUAAGUAAUAUUGUGUAGCAUUUGUGAAUGGCGUAUUGCAAAAUAACUAGAUGUUUUCGAUUAACGGACUAAACUCGAAAAUUUUUAUUGUAUGUACUUAAAUAGUUUGUCGUUUACAUAUCUUGGUAUAAUCUUAAACGAAUGUAUCUUGCCUAACCGACAUAUUAUGAAGUAAUCAUAUCAUGUAAGAAAAUUAUAAAUGUUGUUCUAGGGAUUUCAAGUUAUCGAAAAUGACAAAACAUUAACACAAUAUUAGAUAAUAAUUAAGAAAAAGUAAUUAGUACAUACAAGCACGGUAAAAUCCACAGACAAAAUAAUCGAUUUCUUUCUAAAACCAAUACAAUAAAAAUAAAUCGUUAAAAAGAUUAAACGUUCAAACCGUAUAAUUUAUUGAAAAAUAGUUACUAAUGCUUUCGAUAGCUUGGAAUACCUCUAAACUAUUUAAUCGUAAAUUAAUUAAUGUUAAAUUAAUUAAGAUUGUGACGCGGUCUGAGGAAAAUGUGACAAUAAUGUUGACAAUAAACGGACGGAGCCAAUAUCGACCUUGUGUGUAAGGCGAUAGAGUUUAUUAGAGGCUGGCCGCGUGUGUACGAAUAAUAUAUUAUACAAAUAACUCUAUCCAUAACAUUUAAUAUUUUAAAGUGUAUUUUAAUUGGUGUUUUAUUUUGGUGAAAUAAAGAUAGUUUACUCCGAG